CCGGCCACUUCUUAGCAGUCUUGUCCUCCUCUUUAGGAGGACCACUUGUCCCCGCGCCUGUCGGACCCGGGUUCCAGCUGAUUCCUGUCUCCGAGUCAGCCAGCGAGUGCCCGGAACUCUUGCAGGGAGAGGCGCCGCCGGGAGAUGGAGAGCAAAGUCUGGCUCCUGGUGGUUCUGGGUGUGUGGUUCCAGAUCCUAACAGCCCCCCACGGAGGGGUGGCCACCGCCGACAGAAAUGUUGGAAGAAAAGAUUUUAUGGACAUUGAAAGCAAAUUUGCCCUAAGGACCCCUGAAGACACGGCUGAGGACAAUUGUCACCUUGUUCCUGGAGUGACAGAAUCCGUGGCUAACUGCCAGUUCAACCACAGCAGCAAAACUUUCGUGGUGAUCCAUGGCUGGACAGUGACAGGAAUGUAUGAGAGUUGGGUGCCAAAACUUGUGACUGCCCUGUACAAGAGGGAACCAGACUCCAAUGUCAUUGUGGUGAACUGGCUGUCAAGGGCUCAGCAACAUUAUCCAGUGUCUGCAGGGUACACAAAAUUAGUGGGAAAAGAUGUGGCCAGAUUUAUCAACUGGAUGGAGGAGGAAUUCAACUAUCCACUGGACAAUGUCCAUCUCUUAGGAUACAGCCUGGGAGCUCAUGCUGCUGGAGUUGCAGGAAGUCUGACAAACAAGAAAGUCAACAGAAUUACUGGCCUAGAUCCUGCUGGACCUAACUUUGAGUAUGCAGAAGCACCAAGUCGCCUUUCUCCUGAUGAUGCAGAUUUUGUAGAUGUCUUACACACAUUCACCAGAGGUUCGCCUGACCGUAGCAUUGGAAUCCAGAAACCAGUCGGGCAUGUUGACAUUUAUCCUAAUGGAGGCACUUUCCAACCAGGAUGCAACAUUGGAGAAGCUAUUCGUGUGAUUGCAGAGAAAGGCCUUGGAGAUGUAGACCAACUGGUGAAGUGCUCCCAUGAACGCUCCAUUCAUCUUUUUAUUGACUCUCUGUUGAAUGAAGAAAAUCCAAGUAAAGCCUACCGGUGUAAUUCGAAAGAAGCUUUUGAUAAAGGGCUCUGCUUGAGCUGCAGAAAGAAUCGUUGCAAUAACUUGGGUUAUGAGAUCAAUAAGGUCAGAGCCAAAAGAAGCAGCAAAAUGUACCUGAAAACUCGUUCUCAGAUGCCUUACAAAGUCUUUCAUUACCAAGUAAAGAUACAUUUUUCUGGGGCUGUGACUAAUACGCAGACCGACCAGUCCUUUAAGAUCUCUCUAUUCGGCACUGUAGCUGAGAGUGAGAACAUCGCUUUUACCCUACCUGAAAUUUCCACAAAUAAGACAUACUCCUUUCUCAUUUACACGGAGGUGGAUAUUGGCGAGCUGCUAAUGUUGAAACUCCAAUGGGAGAGUGAUUCAUACUUCAGCUGGUCGGACUGGUGGAGCAGCCCAGGCUUUGGUGUUGGGAAGAUCAGAGUCAAAGCAGGAGAAACUCAAAAAAAGGUGAUCUUCUGUUCUAGGGAGAAAGUGGCUUAUUUACAAAAAGGAAAGUCACCUUUGGUAUUUGUGAAAUGUCAUGAUAAGUCUCUGAAUAAAAGGUCUGGCUGAAACCAGGGAAAUCUGCAAAAAUAAGAACACAUAAAUUCUGUGAAGAAUGAAACAGCUUUUGCAAAAAGAUAUCCAGUGCUCUGGGUUGUUAAAUAUGUAUUUUUCCAAGUAUUAAGCCCAGAUAUAUUUUUGUUAGUUAUUUUAGGACAACCUCAAAUACUGAAAGGUGGAUAAUUAAAUUUGAGGUGUAUAGUGGCCAAAUAGUACAUCUAAUGUUUAAAGACCGUAUGUAUAAAAAGUGUUGCAUGUUGUUCUUUGAGAAAAAAAAUCGGAAUUGUUUGGGCCCAUGAUAAAAGAAUAAGGCUUCUUUAUGUAGUGAAUAUAGACAUAAUUUAAAAUUGGCUAGAACCUACUAUCUUAAUUUGUAAUUUGUACUUUCCUCAGAAUGUAAUUUGUUCCUUCUCCAAGGCAGAAUGUAGAUAAUGAAUUUGUGUAACAUCAGUUAGAGCCAUUUACUUAGAAGUUUAAAUACCAGAUUAUUUGGAGACUGGUUCUCCUUUUGCCAUUGGUCAUGAAUUGCCCAGUUCUUGAAGAAAGAAUAGAUAAUAACCACUAACCCAUUAAAAUAAUCCCAUGUAAUUGGUUGCAUCAUAAUUUAGUUACAAAUUUAAAAAGAACAUUAAGAUUAAUAUGCAGUAGUCUUUGCAGCUUAUUGCUUAAAAUUCUCCCCUCCUUUUCUUUGUCUUAAGAUUGUAUUUUAACAAUUUCCUCUGUGUAGGUAUUUAAGGAAAGUCUACAAUCCUUGAAUGACACAUAACUUUAACUUUGGAAGAAGAUAUGAUACCACAAUUAUAUUUUCAUAUUGUCAAUUUUAUACUUAUCAAUUUGAAAUCAUUUAAUAUCCAGUAGUCAAUAAUCAAAUUUUGGUUUAUCUCAGUCUUACUUGAGGCAUCUCUUUAUUCCUUUAUUUGUUAGGAAAACUUGUAUUCAGGUUCAGAGUUUGCAUUUUGCAGACUUCUACAAAUUUUAGAUAAGAACCAUUUUUAUUAAGAGAUGAAAAAGUUAAUGGGAUGUGUUUAUAAAGAAUGAUUGUCAACCAUUAAGAGCACUUAAUUGCCAGAGUCAUACGAAAGGCCAUGAAAGUUGUUUUUAACAACCAGUUGAGUUAGCAAUUACAUACUUAUAAAGUAAAUUCAUAUUUUAGAAUGCUUUUCUAUAUGUUAAUAUAAAGUUAUAAGGAAGAAACUAUUUCAGAGACUAUUCCUAGGACUAUGAACUAUAAACAUAUGUUGGUAUCUGAAAACAUUCUAACAUAUAAAGCCCUGCAUGUAUGUUUUAUUUUUCAGUGUGGUUUAAAAGGGAAAUGGUAAAGGAAUGUAUUGGAACACAUUGGAAAAAAAAUUGUUCUGGAAGUGCCAAAACUACAGCACUUCAUGUGAGAAAUAUGGUUGUAUCUUUAUAAAGUAUGAUGAAUAUUGUGAUUAAAAUCAGCAGGUUUGGAAUGAAUUAUCUCUAAAAAAUAAAAUUAUGUGUAAUUUGUCGUUGCA